AAUCUCUUUAAGGUUGGUGGUUGUGCAUGUUUUGUUAUUCUUUCACCUCAUGAACAUAACAAGUUAGAGCCUAAAGCUCGAUUAUGUUGUUUUUUGGGUUAUGGGAUCUUAUAUCACAAAAACUCCAAGUUUCACAUCAUGUUCUCUUUUGGGAACACACUAUGUUCUCAUCGUUGUCAACUUCAAAGUGUCAUCCUCUCAUCAACCUCCAUUUUUUACUAAUCCUUCCAUUGAGCUAUUUCCUAGUGAUUCUGAUGCACGUACAUCUGAUGAGCUCUACAAUGCCUCACCACAUGCUCCAACUAGUUCUGUAGAAGAUGAUUUGUUUAUUGGUAAUGUAUUAGAUAAUUCUGAACCUUCUUCUACUUCCUCCUCUGUAUCACUUGUUGAUGUUGCAUUUGACGUUGUUGAGUAUGCAAAUGAGCUUGUUGUCCCAUCCUUGAGUCAUCCUACUCAAAUGGAUGUGAAAAAUUUUUUUCUUAAUGGUGACCUAGAAGAAGACGUUUAUAUGAAACCAACACCUGGGCUCAACCAUCCUCCAAACAAGUUUGGUUUUACUUCCAGUCCACAUGAUACAGCUCUAUUCAUUUGUAAGACUGCUCAAGGUAUGGUUCUUUUACUUCUUUUUGUUGACGACAUGAUUAUUACUGGAGAUGAUCUUUCACUUUUUCAAAUGAUGGCUACCUACUUUCUUAAGUAUGCCUCUGAUCUUGUUUCUAAAGUUGAACUCAAUGAUGGUAAGAGUGUUUCUACAUGUCGUGAACCUAAUGUCAUGCUUACACCUAUGGAUGGCUCUUCACUUUCUGAUCCUACUCGUUAUCGGCAAUUGGUUGGUAGUCUAGUUUAUCUUACCACAACACACCUUGACAUAGCAUAUGUAGUUCACAUUGUUAGUCAAUGUAUGGUUGCUUCUCGCUCCACUCAUUAUGCAAUAGUACUUCACAUUAUUUGCUAUGUUAAGGGAACAUUGUUUCAUGGACUCCAUUGUUCUGCCAACUCAUCCCCUGUGCUUUGCACUUACUCUUAUGCUAAUUGGGUAGUGAUCCUUCUGAUUAUAUAUCUACCACUGGUUAUUGUCUUUUCCUUGGUAAUUCUCUUAUCUCUUGGUGGAGUAAGAAACAAACUAUUCCAUCUUGCUCUAAUACUGAAGCUGAGUAUAGAGCUCUCGAUGGUAUCACAUCAAAACUUCUUUCAUUAUGGUGGCUUCUUGAAGAUGUGGGUAUUCCUCAACCUUCUUCUACUGAUUUAUAUUGUGAUAAUCAAAGUGCUAUACAGAUUGCUCAUAAUGAUGUCUUCCAUGAAUGCACUAAACAUAUUGAAGUUGAUUGUCACUUUCCUGUUGCACAAGGAACUGUUCAUUUGGUUUUCAUUAGCUUCAUUGAUCAACCAAUAGACCUCUUUACUAAGGCUCAUUUUCCUGGACGCUUUUAUACUCUUCUU